UCUGCCGGGGCGACCUCCUAGUGACCCCUCUCGCCGGAGGAGGCGACUGUCACUUGAAACAUGUCCUGAAAGAGGAGGAGAGGCGAGCCCCUGUCUGGCUUCCGAUCGCUUUUGUGUGUGUGUGUGUGUGUAUGUGUGUAUGUGUGUGCGCGCGGAAAGAAAGAAAGAAAGAAAGAAAGAAAGAAGAGGUGGGGAAAGGAGGGGAGGGGAACAGAUAGCUCUUCUUCUGGACGCCCCCUACCCCCUCCGCCUGCCCCCCUCUCUCUCAGCCCCCCCCCCCUCCGUCUCCUCCUCUCCACGGCUGGCCGGAUAGAUGCCUCUCAUUAAAGAGACAGUCCCUGCAACAGAAACGCUUUUGCUUCCUCGUGGGUUGCCAGGAGAGAGAGAGAGAGGGAGGGAGGAAAGGGGAGGGGACGAGGAAGAAGGGGGCACGGGGGGCGGCGCCCCCUCUCACUCUCCCCCCCCCAGAGGGUCUGCGAUUGGGGAAAGAGCUCUCAGGACAGGGCUUUGAAGAAGCGGGGGGGGGCAAGACUCUCGCCUCUCCGGGCUGACACACCCCCACUGACACCCCCCCCCCGCCCCACUCCUCCCUUGCGAUCAAGCGGCGGAGAGAAGAGCAAAAGGAAGUUUCCUCUCUCUCUCUCUCUCUCUUCGCCCUCCCUCCCAUUCCCCUUGUACCCCCCCCCCCGCGAAGAACUUUUUUCCCGGACGCCGCCCGCGCUCAUCCACGCCGCCGAGAGUCGCCCCCCCUCCACGGAAAAAAAAAGGCAGCCGGAGGGCAAACCGCGAGGCGAGGGGAAGACACCCGGGCUCCAUCUCCCCGAUCGAUGGGGGGCAAUUAAAGCCGCCCCCCGCCCCGCCGCAGCAUCAGCACCAGCCAGCCCUCUUCCUUGCGGGGAGGGGGGAGGCAUCCUCCUAACAGACCCCCCCCCCCACCGCAGCCCACCCUCCGCCCCGCGAAGACCCCGCGAAGUUUUCAAGCGAGGAAAGUUCGUCCGUCCCCCCCUCCCCCGCAAGCCCCCAAUGCCGGAGAAGGAACCGGGGCGCUCCGAGAGGCGAGUCGGGCAGCCGCGCCUGCGGGAAGGGCUGGGCGCCGGCGGGGAACCGUCCUUUUCUCCUCAUAUAGAUAGAUAUACAUUUUUUUGCAAGCUUUGCUCAACGAUUCCAGCCCCCCCCCCCGGAAGAUUUUCGCUUUGCCUUGUUUGUUUUUUGGAGGGGGGGACGGCGGACCUGAUGCUUCGACCCAGGCAAGAUCUUGGAUGAGUAUUACAAUGUGAAAUUCUGCAUUGAUGCCAGUCAGCCAGAUGUAGGAAACUGGUUGAAGUAUAUCAGAUUUGCUGGAUGCUAUACUCAGCCCAACCUUGUUGCAUGUCAAAUAAGCAAUCAGAUAUAUUAUAGAGUAGUAAGAGAUAUUGAACCUGGGGAAGAACUCCUUCUGUUCAUGAAGACUGAAGACUAUUCCCAUGAAACAAUGGCUCCAGAUAUUCAUGAGGAGCGUCAAUAUCAGUGCGAAGACUGUGACCAGUUGUUUGAGUCCAAGGCAGAACUGGUGGACCAUCAGAAAUUCCCAUGCAGCACACCUCACUCAGCAUUUUCCAUGGUGGAAGAGGAAUUUCAGCCAAAGCUUGACAAGGAGAACGAUCUCCAUGAUAUGCAAGACAUCCAAGAGUGCAAGGAGUGUGAUCAAGUGUUCUCAGAUGUACAAAGCUUAGAAAAGCACAUGCUAUCGCACACCGAAGAAAGAGAGUACAAGUGUGACCAGUGUCCCAAAGCCUUUAACUGGAAGUCCAACUUGAUACGUCACCAGAUGUCACAUGACAGUGGGAAGCACUACGAAUGUGAAAACUGUGCCAAGCAGGUUUUCACGGACCCCAGCAACCUCCAGAGGCAUAUACGCUCGCAGCACGUUGGGGCUCGCGCACACGCUUGUCCAGAAUGUGGCAAAACAUUUGCCACUUCUUCAGGCCUCAAACAGCACAAACAUAUCCACAGCAGUGUCAAGCCAUUUAUAUUACGCUGCCCUAGCUUGGGAGAAAACUCACCAACACCAUCUCACCAACACAGAGGUGAGGUCUGCCAUAAAUCCUAUACUCAGUUUUCAAACCUGUGCCGUCAUAAGCGUAUGCAUGCUGAUUGCAGAACCCAAAUCAAGUGCAAAGACUGUGGACAAAUGUUCAGCACUACGUCUUCCUUAAAUAAACACAGGAGAUUUUGUGAGGGCAAGAACCAUUUUGCGGCAGGAGGAUUUUUUGGCCAAGGCAUAUCACUUCCUGGAACCCCAGCUAUGGAUAAAUCUUCCAUGGUUAAUAUGAAUCAUGCAAAUCCGGGCCUUGCUGACUAUUUUGGUACCAAUAGACAUCCUGCUGGUCUUACCUUUCCAACAGCUCCUGGAUUUUCUUUUAGCUUCCCUGGCCUGUUUCCUGCAGGCUUGUACCACAGGCCACCUUUGAUACCUGCUAGUUCUCCUGUUAAAGGACUUCCAAGCACAGACCAAACAAUCAAAAAUCAAAGUCCCCUCAUGACACAUCCUCAGUCACUGCCAGCUACACAGGAUAUUUUGAAGGCACUAAAUAAGCACCCAUCUAACCUAGGCGAAAAUAAGCCAGUGGAGCUUCAACCAGAGAGGUCCUCCGACGAGAGGCCACAUGAAAAGAUCAGUGACCAAUCAGAGAGUAGUGACCUUGAUGAUGUCAGUACCCCCAGUGGGAGUGACCUGGAGACCACCUCUGGCUCUGAUCUGGAAAGUGACAUUGAAAGUGAUAAAGAGAAAUGUAAAGAAAAUGGUAAAAUGUUCAAAGACAAAGUAAACUCUCUUCAGAAUUUGGCUUCCGUAAAUAAUAAGAAAGAAUACAGCAAUCAUUCCAUCUUCUCACCAUCUUUAGAGGAGCAAACUGCGGUGUCAGGGGCUGUGAAUGAUUCUAUAAAGGCCAUAGCCUCUAUUGCUGAAAAAUACUUUGGUUCUACAGGACUUGUGGGUCUACAAGACAAAAAAGUUGGAGCCUUACCUUACCCUUCCAUGUUUCCCCUCCCAUUUUUUCCAGCAUUCUCACAGUCAAUGUACCCAUUUCCUGAUAGAGACUUGAGACCGUUACCUUUGAAAAUGGAACCCCAAUCGCCAGGCGAAGCAAAGAAGAUCAUAAAGGGAAACUCCGAGUCUCCCUUUGACCUCACCACUAAACGCAAGGAGGAGAAACCACUUACUCCUGUAACCUCAAAACCUGCUACUCUACCAGCGACCAGCCAAGACCAGCCUCUGGACUUGAGUAUGGGCAGCCGAAGCCGAGCCAGUGGUACAAAACAGACUGAGCCUCGGAAAAACCACAUCUUUGGAGGAAAGAAGGGAGACGAUCUUGAAUCGAGGAACUCAUCGGACAUAUCUUUACAGCAUGCAAGGCCUACACCUUUCUUUAUGGAUCCCAUUUACAGGAACGUCGAUCUCCACUGCAAUCAAAGGUGUUUCACCCAAGAACUCAAAACACGUUGUACCAUAGCAACACAAUGUGGAACUCAAGGAGUAGAGAAACGAAAAUUAACCGAUCCACUUGAAGCUUUAAAGGAAAAGUACUUGAGGCCGUCCCCUGGAUUCUUGUUUCAUCCCCAUUUCCAAUUGCCUGAUCAAAGAACUUGGAUGUCAGCCAUCGAAAACAUGGCCGAAAAGUUAGAGAGUUUUAGCGCCCUGAAACCAGAAGCCAACGAGCUCAUACAGUCUGUCCCGUCUAUGUUCAACUUCCGAGCCCCACCCAGCACCUUGCCGGAGAACCUCCUAAGGAAGGGCAAAGAGCGCUAUACCUGCAGAUACUGCGGCAAGAUUUUCCCAAGAUCUGCAAAUCUAACCCGUCACCUGAGGACACACACUGGAGAACAGCCUUACAGAUGCAAAUACUGCGACAGGUCUUUCAGCAUAUCAUCCAACCUGCAGAGACAUGUCCGUAACAUCCACAAUAAGGAGAAGCCCUUCAAAUGUCACUUAUGUGACAGGUGCUUUGGCCAACAAACCAACUUAGACAGACAUCUCAAGAAGCAUGAGAAUGGCAACAUGUCUGGUACUGCUACGUCUUCACCACACUCUGAACUCGAAAGCACAGGGGCGAUCCUAGAUGACAAAGAGGACUCAUAUUUUACAGAAAUUCGGAAUUUCAUUGGGAAUAGUAGCCACAACACUUCAGAAGAAAGAAUGAAUGGAAGUCACUUUAAAGAAGAAAAGACUCUGGUGGCAAGCCAGAAUUCAGACUUGUUGGAGGAUGAAGAAGCAGAAGACGAAGUAAUGAUGGAUGAAGAAGAUGAAGAAAGCGAGAUAGCGGGGAAGCCAGCUAAAGAACCUGUGGCAAGCGGCCUAUUAUGUGAAGAGGCCACCGAGGGGGACUACGAGGAAGCAAAUUCUUUGGAAAUGAAUUGCAAGUCUUCACCUGGCAGGUAUAAAGAAGAAGAAUUUAAUAAAACUGGACUGUCUGCUUUGGACCAUAUAAGGCACUUCACAGAUAGCCUCAAAGUGAGGAAAAUGGAAGAAAACCAGUUUAGUGAAGCAGAACUAGCAUCUUUCAGCACCUCCCAUCUGCCAGAAGACCUAAAGCAACCAUUGUAUCGCAAAUCCAAAUCCCAGGCGUACGCUAUGAUGCUUUCGCUCACUGACAAGGACACCCUUCACUCCACAUCUCACAAUUCCUCCAACAUGUGGCACAGUAUGGCAAGAGCUGCUGCAGAAUCCAGCGCUAUCCAGUCCAUUAGUCAUGUAUGACACCAUCAUCAUAACUGGAUUGGGACCAAGUCCAAACUAGCAACGUGGCUCUUUUCCUAGAAGACUAUUUAAAAGACUGUGGAGCAGAAUGCCUUAGAAAUCUGACAGGUCACAUUGGAAGUCAGGUGACCUUAAACUGAAUGAUUAAAAGAAAGAAAAAAACUAUUUAUUCUCAAUAUUUUGUUUUGCACAGCGAAGGCAGCUGCUGACAUUUUGAGGAUCAAUGCGACUUUCAAAAUAUGUGGAUCAAAUAGACCUUGAUGGGGAAAUAACGUGUCUUCCACUCCACCUACUUGGGGAGGGACUAAAGGGUUAAGUCUUGUAUUCAUACACAAUCACACACACACACACACAAGCACUUCAUUAAAUUCAAAUUGAAUUGUUUUUCUUUUCUGUUAUUUUUGGGGGGCGGGAUUAGUAUGUAGAGUAAUUGAAAGCAGGAUUAGGAGCUGUUGCUCUUCCGUGCAAAUCCUCGUCAUAUACGCUUUAUGCACUUAAAAAUCAUCGAAGACAAAGCGGUUCUCUCAAAUGUGCAUCAGCCAUUAGCCUUGAAUCUCAAGACAAGGAAUCGCUUGCCCUCUCCCUUAACUUUUGCCUUCUGACCUGCGUUGUAAAAUAAAUAAAAAACUAGAAAACAACAUGAGACAAUAAUGUAAGAAGUCUGUGUAUAUUGUAAAAAGAAAAGAAAAAAAAACUGGGAAUAUUCAUCCGUUCAAGGAGAUGAGUCUUCCAGCUUAUGACUAGCAAAAAGACCAUGACCACAUACCACUAUAGUUCAAUGUUUCCCUGAUCAAUGUUAUGACAUUUUAAUUUUAGACAAUCAUGUCAUUGUUCUGUUCUGUUUUGUCAGUUUGUUUUGUUGGUGUUGUUCAUUGGUUGCUCUCGACUUUUCUUUCUGUUUUGGUGUUGCGUGUACCGUGUAUUUAUUUGUUGGCAAACAAUUGUUUGUGGAUUAAGAAACAAAAAAGCACUCUUGCUAAAUGUAGCACUGUUCUUCUGAAAUCCAUAGCACUGUUCCAUUCCCCCCACCCCACCAUUUUUCUGGGCACCCAUGGACUUUGAAAGGAAAAAAGGGGGGGGGGCGGCAAAUGUAUCUGCAUAUACAGGUGUGCAAACAGUGUUGGAAAAGAUUUCGUACAUUCCUCUUUUACUACUUUUUUUCCUUUUUAACGAAACUAAAUGAUGAAUAGAGAUGAUUUAGAGUCUUUUUUUGUAAUACAGCGAGAUGAUUCAAAUGUAUAAAGCAUUCUGAUUUUUUUUCUUCACAAAAGCAUGAUUCUUCUGAUUAAAAAGAAAAAAAAGAAAACUGUACCCAAUAUUUUAUGCCAGUUGUCUGCGAGCUUGUGUGAUGUUACGUUCAUGUUAAUCCUAUUUGUAAAAUGAAGUGUUCCAAACUUAUGUUUGAAAAAAGAAUCCCCCCCCAGAAAUAAAUAAUGGACUGUAUUCAGUUAUUGGGGGGAGGGGCAGGGAAGGGAGGGGCGGGUAUUUUGACUUUUUGGUGAGGGACCAGAUUUUAAUUUUCCUUUGUUUAUUAUCUCAUUUUGAAAUAACCAGCAAGUCGAGGUACUUUCUUUAAAUGCUUUGUACAAUGUAACUGUUAUUCAUUUCAGUACAUUACUAUGGGAGGAUCAAAUUUAAAAAAGAAUAAAGGAUUACAAAAAUGAAA